UUUCAAAAUUCGAAGUGUUUCACUAGAAAGAAGAAAAAGAAAACUAUUGUAAUCAUGGAAAUGGAAUUGGAUACAUCAGCACCGAAAAAAGAAUCUGAAAUCAACGAAGACGAAUUCUUCAAAGCUGCAGAGAAAGGAGGAGAUUCUUCAAUUUUCAAAUCUCUUACUGAAAAACAACUUCAAACAGCUCUUUCUCUCCGAAACGAAGAUGGUCGUUCAUUACUUCAUAUCGCAGCUUCUGCUGGACAUGUUGAGGUAGUGAAGAUAUUAUCUGCUGCAGAUCCAUCAGUAAGUGGUGUUAAUAGUACUGAUGAAGAAGGGUGGGCACCAAUUCAUUCUGCUUCUAGUAUUGGCAAUGCUGAAAUUGUGGAAAUCUUGCUUAAAGGAGGAGCUGAUGUCAACAUAAAAAAUAAUGGUGGUCGUGCUGCUCUUCACUAUGCUGCAAGCAAGGGAUGGUUAAAAGUAGCAGAGGUCCUAAUUUCUUAUCAUGCAAAGCUUAACCAAAAGGACAAGGUUGGCUGCACGCCGUUGCAUCGAGCAGCAAGCACAGGAAACUCGAAUGUGUGUGAGCUCUUAAUUGAAGAAGGUGCCGAUAUUGAUGCGGUUGAUAGGGCAGGCCAAACACCUCUUAUGACAGCAGUCAUAUGUGAGAACAAAGAGGUAGCUUUUCUCCUGAUAAGGCAUGAAGCUGACUUUGACAUCGAAGACAAAGAGGGAUAUACCGUGCUUGGUCGAGCUUCAGAUGAUUUCAGACCACUACUAAUUGAUGCUGCCAAAGCCUUGCAUGAAGUUGAAGGUUAAAACUGUACGUUAGUGGAUGGAAUUAGAAGUAAUGUGUUUUUGUUUGUCAAGAAAAUUUUAAGAACUUGAAAAAUUUUAAGAACUUUUCAGUAACUUUCUUGUGUUGUUAAUUUCUUGCUUCAAAAACUGUAUGUAUAUAUGCAGUCCAGAUAUUUCCUUUUUCCUAAAAAAAAAAGAAUUUGUUGGUAUCACUGUUGUCCAAUAGGGUUGUAGCACAUCAGCAGUCUUAAACUUAACUGUGUCCAAGCAUAUUGCUAUUAUCCCUGGCACUAUAAAUUUGUUUGUUUCUUCUCUCUCAUUGGUGGUUGAGAGAGAGACUUACACCAUGGUUUCCUCUUGUUGUAUUGGAUUCACUAACUCUAUCUCUCCUCUAUCAUCAACCUUUACAAUCUCUAGUAAAAUCACAAACUCACAGAAAAAUCCCAGCAUUUCUGUUGCUCAGAAGCCCAAUUCUGUUCUGAGUUCUAAGCGGACUUCUACUUCUUCAUCAUCUUCGGAUUUUCGAGGUCUUCUUACUGUGGUUCCUUUAGCUGCUUCAAUCGCAGUUCUGUUUUGGACAAAUCCAGUUAAUGCUGGAACUCUGUCUGGGUUCUCUGGGUUAGAAUCAGUUCCAGAAGAAAAUCAGAAAAAGUAUGCUGCAAACGACGAACGAUUCAAGUCGUCUGACGUACUGAAGGAGUAUCUAGAGAAAUCAAAACUGAACAAAGAGAAGAACAAGCAAGGAAUCCAAGAUAAGUACUGCUUACGAGGAGCAGAAUGGGGUGUAGGAGAUUGUUCAACAGCGGGUAUGACGGAUGACGAAAAAGAUAAAUUUAUUGCAAUGUUGAGGGAAAAAACAGGAAUAACAGAUUGAAAAACGUAGACUAUAUUGAGUGUUCUUGAUUAUUACUGAAUGGCACAAUGUAGUGUUCUUUGAGUCAUUGAUGACACAUU